UAAAGCUUCUGAACAUUUCUCCGCUGCGAAUUAUUAUCUUGCCUGCGCACGUGACGGCAGCAGCUCUCGACAACAAUCGUAUAAAAGGAGAGCCGCCGUGAUCAUUCGGCACAGCAGCUCAGUCCCCUCUUCCCACCAGACACAAGCCGAUUCGAUCAGGCCGACGACGCGGUCAGCGAGCGGGGGGAGCGAUGGAAGCCGAGGCCUUCCCGAUACGGUUCACGAAGGGCAUCAGGUCCUACUGGCGCCGGCGCGACUACAAGCCCGCCGACGGCACCGGCGCGGCGGCGUCCCGCGGCAGGCGCCGGCACAGGCUGGUGCGGCUCGGGGAUGGCAGCGGCAGCGGGCCCAGGCCGUGGGCCGUGCGUCUCGGCGGCAUGUUCCGGGUGAAGCGCCGCCGCGGCAGGGCGCCGGCGCCGGCCCCGGCCCCGGCCCCGGCCGUGGCCAAGGCGCCCAUGCGCGUGCUCGGCCGGAUCCGGGACGCCUACGUGGACGUGAUGCUGGGCGCCGCCAAGACGCAGCCGGCCGCGGCGCGUGCGCUGCCCACCGCGGCCGACGCGCUGUGGCAGAAGCGGGUGCCCACGCGUCGCUCCAGCAGCAAGGCGCAGCAGAAGGCCGACGAGCUCGGGCAGAGGCUCAUCAUGGAGAUGUACAAGUCCGUGCUCGCGUCCAGGAGCAUCUCCGGCAUGCUCCAUGCGUCCGUGGCGCGGUAGCGUGAAUCUGCAGUGGACGUGUCGCGAGCGCGGCCCAGGAAGAAGUCUUCCGCAUUCCUUUUGCUUCUGGUUAACCUCUGUAGUCUGUACAUGUUACGUUUUGCCUGUACACCAUCCUAAAGCAUGGGGUUGCUAUGCUGAAGUUCUCCAAUUCCUGGUAACUGUAGCAAUCAUGCAACCGCUUCAAAAGCUCUGUAAUUACACUCCUUAUUUUUUGGAACAUUUUAAUUCUCGCAA